UCCCCGAUCCUCGGAGCUCCCGGCCGGGACAGGCCGCAUCCUCCGACAGCCUGAGUGUCCGAGGCCGGCCCCGGGCACAGCAGCCUCCCCGAGGAGAGCACCAUGAGCCAGUCACACACAGGACCACUGGCUACCUACAACAGCCUGACGGACAAGCACCUGACAGGAUAUUUCAACAACACAAGGAUCCGGAGACACCUUCAGCGAGCUGGAUUGGUCACAAGGAAUGGAAGGAUAGUGUCGGAGAAGGAAUAUCGUCUCAACAUAGUUCGAAAAGACCAUCAGAAGUAUGUACGGGAGAGUUUGGCCCAGGCUAUAUUCCACAAGGUCCUCGAUAUGGAGCGGCACCAUCAACUCGAAAUCAAGAAGAGGUUGGAGGAUUUUGCCAGGAGAGAACGUGUCCAAAGGAUCAAGGUUGAACGGGCUAGGAGGUCCGAUGAAGAUAUCAUCCCGUUCUUCUCCCCUCGUCCCCCAGUUUUUCCUCGUAAUUGUCACCACAGUGUCUCGAGGCCAGAUGUGGAACACUCCGAUUCCUCAACAUCUCCUUCGUCCCCACGGCCCAGCACAGCCCCAGGGAAAUUGCAGCGUCCGGUGAGACUCCUCCCUCUCCAAAGCAAUGAAGCUGGAGCAGCAACAGUGAUCACAACACCGUCCUCACCGUACCUCCGGCACAAGGAGCAGCAUCCGAACGUGACCAAGGACACCAACUCCAAGUCUCUCCACGGGCCGGACCAAGACUUGAUCAGGAAUUGGCACACGUUGGAUUUUCCCACUGGGAUGUCUCCCUACCGUCUCCCAGUGAUCAAUAACUAUGUAACCCCCGUCCCACCAACACCGCGCAAACGAGAGAAGAAUGGAUGUUUGAGGGGCAGGAGAUUGCGGCCGACCACCGCUCCGAAUGGCCCAGCCAACCUGCCAGCAAAGGAAAUUGCAAAGUCACACCGAGCUGUCACACACAGCAAUGUCUUGGUCACGAUGGUUUACCGUGGGAAACAUCUACAUCUCUCAUAUGACCAGGCAGAGGCCAGGGAUGAGGUCAAAGUUCAUCAGCAGCACUGCGGCGGUGAAAACCUGUGCGUCUACAAAGGGAAGCUUCUAGAAGCAGAGAAAUUCCAGUUUGUAUCCCGCCGACACUCGGGUUUCCCCUUCAGCCUCACCUUCUUCCUCAAUGGCAUCCAGGUGAAUCGCCUAAGCUCCUGCUGCGAAUAUAAGCACCGCAAGGGCUCUCGGCUUGGCGGCAAGCAGGCUUACUUUGCUUUUCUGGAUGUGGACGGAGCAUCCCCAUGUUACAGAUGUAUCAUCACCAUGGGUUUGGACAAGAAACCCACUCCACCUCCGAAACGGAUGAAAGAAGAAGUGAUGAAGGAAAUGGAGAAAGAAAAACAGGAACCGAUAAAAGACAAAGAGAAAUUAACUGUAGCGAAUGCCAGCGGGGAGACUAGUCAGGAAGAGGCAAUGACAGCGGAAUCCUCAAUUGAAGAGGAGAGAGUGAAUGAAGAGGAGAGAAUGCAUGAAGAUGAAGGUGGAAGUUCACCAACUAGGACCCAAGACAGAAGUUCCAAGGAGGAGUAUGAUGAUGAUUGUGAAGAGGGAGAGAAAACAAAUGAGGAGGUGGAACAGAAGGGUGAGAGAAAGUCACCUGCAGACCUGCAGAAGACAUGGAGCUCAGAUGAUGAACAGCAAAGUGAGAAUUCAGAUGUUCAGGAUGAACGAUCAGUUAGUGAGAAGGAACACACUGACUCCUCGGAUAGUGAAAGUGAAGAGGAAAUGUCCCGAUCACAAGGGUCUUCGCGAAGUUCAUCUUAUUCCCCAAGAAGCAGUGAAAUAUCUGAUGUUGAAAGACUGGAAGGGGAGAAGACUGAUGAUGAAGAACAGGAAAAAUUGACCCUUUCUGAAGAUGAGGGUGAGCCCACAGCUGCCAAAAAUCUGGGAGCAGCUCCAGGAGAAUCUGAGCAGGAGAGUUGUGAAGUGAAACCUGUAAAUAACAAUGGGACGGAGGAUAAAAAAGUCACAGGAGCAGAGGCUUUGCUUGAGGGUGAAGUAGAUUCUGAGAAGCAAAGUAUCCGGUCUUCAAAGGGAGAGGAUCAGUCACCACAGACAGCAGGCAGAGGCCCUGAGGAAAAAGUUGGAAUGGAUGAAGAAAUUGAAGCUGACAAGGAGUCAAAUGCAAAUCCAGAGAACAGCAACAAGGAAGGUGCAGAAACAGAUGAAGAACCUUUAGUAACUGUUGGAAUUCACGACAGACAUUCCAAAGACGUAGCGUUGAGAGGUAGUGAGGUGAGCGUGUGCACUGCGGAGCUCUCUGUGUCUGGGAGAUCUGUUGGUGAGUAAAUGCAGACUCCCGAGUGCUGCCUUUCUACAUGCAUGUACUGUCCCAGCUCUCCGCUCCAUUUUAGUUGCAGUGUUGACCUUGUCUGCAUUUCCAACACAGAAAAACCAACUCUGAAGAGAUGCAGUUACAACAUGUCAAUUAAAAUUGAUGCACGGAGUGUUUAGUCUUCCCUGUGUGUGCGUUAAUGGGAGAACAGAUCUAUUGUGUUUGCAAAGAUUUGAGCUGAACAUGACCCAAUAAUUUUGAGUGUUUGUAUAAGGCGCUGUGGUGAAUCUCAUAGAAAGUGCAUCAGUCCUUGAUUAUUACAAUACAGAAACAGACCAUUUGGCCCAAUUGGUUCAUUUAUGUUCCAUAUGAACCUCCUUCAUCUCACCCUGUCAGGGAAUCCAUGUCCUCCUUUUUCCACAGUGCAACAAUCAUGCUUGUGAUUGUGUUUACAGCCACUCUGUUGUCUCCACAUACUUUACAAAACAGCAGCAAGAAUUCUCGGAUUAUGUAUUGCUUUCUGCCUCCUGUCUAGGCUUUCCCUUGAAGUUAACAGGAUAUAAACUGGUCUUUGAUGCAGAGUAGGCACCAAUUCAUUACCAGUUAUUGCUCACUGCUGAUAAAAAUCAACUUAUAACCCCUUGAAUAAUAAAACAAACAACUGACAGCUGGAAAUCUAAAAAGGAAAACAUAAAUUGCUGCAGAAAUCCAGCAAGUUUGGCAGCAUCUUUGGAGAGAAAGCAGAGUUAAUGUUUCACUUUCAGUGACCCUUUCUUGAGCAAUUUCAGUUCUUGUGUUUUAACCCCCUGGGUUUAACACUGAGCAAAAACUGAAUAUUCCUGGAGCUAAUUCACAGACAAAACGUUUGUUUGAACUUCCCUGGACUUUAUAACUAGGGGCAUCGUUUCAAAAUAAGGGGUUUCAUAUUUAAAAUGAAAAUGAGGAGGAAUUUCUUCUCUCUGAGGGUCAUUAGACAGAUUUUUGAUCAAGAAGAUGAUCGAGGGCAAAUGGAGACAGGAAGGAAAAUGAAGCUUGGGCCGCAUUCAGAUUGGUCAGGAAUAUAUUAACUGGCAGAGCAGGUUGAAGGGGCCAGAUGAUUGAAUCUUGUUCUGAUUUCUUAAUUUCUCUAUUGUCUCAACUAAGGAAUUAAACUAUUUUUCACCCAGGUUAUCAAAUUUAUCAAAAUAGAACCAGUAGACAGUAUGGGUUUAAAGUUGUGUUCUCACCACUAACACACUAUAACAUCAAACUGUCCUUCAGUCCCCCAGUAACCCAUUAUGCCUGCUCACUGUAGAUGCCAUCUUAUUGCAAUUUUAGAUCCUGUUUAGUCUGAGCAAUUGGGUCUCCACACACUAAACCGAGGAUCAAUUUUGAGGAAAACACAUGACUUAUCAUUUAGUUGCAGUUUCACAGAAAAAUAAGUGCUCUGAAAUUUGGGGCCUUGAUUUGGAGGGAAGUCAUGUGGUGCAGUGGGUAGCAUCUCUGCCUCUCAGCCAAAAUACAAAGUUCAAGUCCCUCUGUAAGGCUUGGCCAAACUUAAAUAUCAACCAGCAAAUCCUUAUGACACAUACAAAUGGUAGAACAUAAGAGUGGGAGAGCCUCCUUGUCAGCCAGGCCUCAGGUGGAGAGGUGGGCCUUACAGCCUGUGGGACUGGCCAGCAACCUGUUGCAGGAAAAAACGUCCUAUGGAAACAAAUCAAAGCAUGUGCUUUGCCUGUCUCAUGAAUUACUAAACACAGGAAUGCCUUCAUUCUGCAACCAGGUUUGAGGUAUACAUUUCAGUCAUUGUGAUCCUCAAUCUUUGUUUACUUCUCUCCUCCCUCCCUCUCCCUCUCCCACACUCCCUUCCCCCUCACUUGCAUCUCCUCUUUCCUUUAGCUCUCUUCUCUGUUCUUUCCGUCUUUCCUCCUACCCACUCCAGCUCUCCUGUAUGUUGCUCCUUUCCUCUCUUUCUCUCUCCUGUCUCUCACUCGUGCUCAUCUUCCUUCUCCUCCUCUUGCUGUCCCUCUUUACCUACCUACCCCUCACUUCCCCAUUCCUCUUUCUGCCCAUCGGUCUCCCAUUCUUUCUCCUCUUUCUCUCCCCAAUUCUGUCUAUCCCACAUAUUUCCUUUCCACUCUCAAAUUCCUCUUUGUCUCCACGCUGCUGAAUUCCCAUUUCACUCCCUCUUUUCCCAUCUCUUCCUCCCUCGUUAUUUUUAAUUUACUUUCACUGUCUGUCUCUUCUGUUUUCUGUCACCAUCUCUAUGCUCUCUCCCCUCCCCACCCUUUCCCCCAUGCUCUCUCCUCCCACCUCUUUUCCCCCAUACCCUCUAUCUCCCUCCACUCACCAGUUCUCUGUCCAUCCUGCUGUUGCUCUCUGAGAAGCUGGCCUUUGUAAAUGCUCUCUUGCUACUUCCUUUAAAGAUCUCCCCUGUUUCUUUAAACACCCCUUCAGGAGUUUGAGUGGAUGUUCCUUUGCCCUGCUGAAAAUGGCCCCUAGUCCCUCCUCUUUGUGACACUCGAUGUGUAAAUUAAAAAUUAUUGUGAUGGACCUCUCAUCCACAGCUCUUCAGCUUAACUGAGAAACCAUGGUAACCACAAUGUUCUGACAAAUUAAGUAGUGGGAAGAGGGAGCAACAAGCUUGAAUUUAAAGGAUAAAUGUUUUAAGGAAUGAGGAACAGUCUGGAAUUCCACAGUUAUAUCUUGAAUUUGCACAAAUAUAAACAAGGAAUACCAAGUGAGAGAGGCUGGUCUGUAGCAGCGUUUCAACAUCUGGAUGACAAAGACACAGCAGCGCCAUUGUAAAUCGGGCAAGUGGGGCCCUUGCUUUUAAAUUAUACAACUCAAACUGUUAGAUUUCUAUAAGAUAGCCACAGCUACAAUUCACAUUGACACUACUGUAUGAGACUGUAUCCAGACCAGGUGCACUGUGCCAUUGUUUGUUGUAUUCUCCUUGAUGUGUUUUGUUUUUCUUUUCAUCAGUGCAGUUUGUCCUGUAUUGGUGAUUCUGUUUUCAUGGUUUGAUUAUUUUUUUUUUGUUUUGUGUUCAUGCAAUGUGUGUGUAAAUGAUGGUGCUGUCACCCAUCGUUUGAUUAGAGAGCCGAACCUCCAUUAUCUGUUAACUAGAUGGCAGGUUUUAAUUUGAUAUCCCAUUGGGGUUGAUCUGGUGAUGGUUAUGGAGCCAAAGGCUGGCAGCUCAGAUUUCACCAGGUCAAGCUGCGAAUUGAGUUUGAGAUGAUCUGGUAACGUGAAGGUUAACUAGCACCAUGGCAAGAUGACCACAAACACCAUUGCUUUCUUUGUAUCAAGAUCCGGCUGGCUAUUCCGCAGUGGUGUUCAGGAGAGAGAGGCUGCCACUCUAACCAGACUGGCCUAAUGUGACUCCAGUCAUUAAUGAUAUUCAGUAGUACAGACGCCAGGAGGUUUUCCCACUUUUCCCAGGGGUACAGGCAAUAAAUACCAGCUUUAACCAGUGCAUCCACAUCCUGAGAAUGAAUGAAAGAAGAGACAAGUGCAGAUUGUCCAGAUUCUAGUGCUGUACAGAUUGGUGUGACUGUAACAUGUUCAGCUUAGGAUCAAACUGUCUCAUUUGUUUCAUGAAGGAAAGGUGGAAAACAGAAAAAAGACCUUCAACAAAACUUCAUUGCAAAACCUGGCCCUGGCAUGGUAUUGAAAGCGAAUUGGAAUGGAUAAAGGGGGUUCUGCACUGUGUAUGUGUGUGUGUACGAAUGUGGCGAUAAUUAAUGCAUAUAAAUUUAUUGUCUUAUAUAAAGUUGAUUGUACUUGUUUCUGAUGCAGCAAUAAAUGUAAACUUCGGGUGGA